GGGAGAAACAAAAAGCGAGGUGGGAAAUUGGACAGAGAGCGCGGCAUGUAUAGUGUGUGAGCGGAGCUGAGAGAUGGAGGAUGAGUGGGAUGAAGAGGAGCAGCUGGUGGUGGCUGAGCUGUCUGGAGUGAUCGACUCGGAUGUGCUGUGUCAGCGCGGCGGCGUGUGCAAAAUCGUGGGCAUGAGCAGCGAGCAGCCCGUGGUGCAGGUCGGACGCUAUGUGUUCGCAGGGGAAUACGAGGACGCCCUGGGGACCUGCGUGAUCUUUGAAGAACAAGCCAAAGAUCUGACCAAAUCCGACUCCAGUCCGGGUCUCAGAUACAAGUGUCACACCAUGAAAAAACUGAUGCUCCAGAGGACUUUCCUGUCCGAGAGGAAGGAGGGAGAGGAGAGCACCGGGGGGAUCGAGGUCCUGUCUCUGAAUGAAGAUGAAAUGUGUGGCAGAUCCAGCACUGUGUGUCACUACGCCCUGGACCCUAAAGAGCUCCAGAGACUCGAUGCUGGAGAAGACAUGAGUGGGGAGUCAGACAGUGAAAAAGCAGAGACACAGGAGAGUUCAGCAAAAGAGGAAAGUGUCCUGGAAGAGACAAUAGAAGAUCACACAGAGUGACACCAACUGGACCUAAACUGUAAUCUUUUUUUUUUUUUUUGUAUAAAGGACACAUUAUGGUAAAUGAGAUCGUUACUAUCAAGAAUAUUUUUGUAAUAAAAAAUUAUUUAAAAUAACUACUGUAAUCACUGAACAUCAUGUCUUCAUGAUCAUUGUUAUAAUAAUAAACCUCAUUCCUUCUGAUA